AUGGAGGGCGAGGGGGCGGGGCCAGCGGGGCCUCCGGGACACGGGGGAAAGCGGCGGUCGCGGAGCGGUGAGAUCGCCAUCCGCGUGUUCCGGGCCUGCACGGAGCUGGGGAUCCGCACGGUGGCCGUGUACUCGGAGCAGGACACGGGCCAGAUGCACCGGCAGAAGGCGGACGAGGCGUACCUGGUGGGGCGGGGCCUGCCCCCCGUGCAGGCCUACCUGCACAUCCCCGACAUCAUCCGCGUGGCACAGGAGAACGAGGUGGACGCCAUCCACCCGGGCUACGGUUUCCUGUCUGAGCGCGCCGACUUCGCCCAGGCGUGCCUGGACGCCGGCGUUCGCUUCGUGGGGCCGCGGCCGGACGUGGUCCGCAAGAUGGGGUUUGGGGUUUUGGGGGGGGGGCGGAAUUUGGGAUCCCUGGGUUUUGGGAUCCCUGGAAUUUGGGGAGCCACUUUUGGGGUCCCACAGGAACUGGAGGAGAACUUUUCCCGCGCCACCUCGGAGGCUUUGGCCGCCUUUGGGAACGGGGACCUGUUCGUGGAGAAAUUCAUCGAGCGCCCGCGGCACAUCGAGGUCCAGAUCCUGGGUGACUCCCACGGGAACGUUGUGCACCUGUACGAGCGGGACUGCUCGGUGCAGCGCCGGCACCAGAAAGUCGUGGAGAUCGCCCCGGCAGCCCGGCUGCCCCCGGAGCUCAGAGCUCGCCUGGCCGACGACGCCGUGAGGUUGGCACGGCAGGUGGGCUACGAGAACGCCGGCACCGUGGAGUUCCUGGUGGACCAGAGCGGGGAUUAUUAUUUCAUCGAGGUGAACUCACGGCUGCAGGUGGAGCACACGGUCACCGAGGAGAUCACCGACGUGGACCUGGUGCACGCCCAGCUGCAGGUGGCCGCGGGCCGGUCUCUGCCGGAGCUGGGGCUGCAGCAGGAGCGGAUCCGGGUCAAUGGCUGCGCCAUCCAGUGCCGCGUCACCACCGAGGACCCCGCGCGCGGCUUCCAGCCCGACACCGGCCGCAUCGAGGUUUUCCGCUCCGGGGAGGGGAUGGGGAUCCGCCUGGACGGGGCCUCGGCGUUCCAGGGCGCUCUGAUCUCGCCCCACUACGACUCCCUGCUGGUCAAGGUGGUGGCCCACGGGCCGGACCAGCCGGCGGCCGCAGCCAAGAUGAGCCGAGCCCUGGCCGAGUUCCGGAUCCGGGGGGUCAAGGGGCUGCGGGCCGUGCUGCUCCGGGAGGGCCCGCAGGGCUUUGCCCGGGCUCUGAGGCAGCACCGGGGGCUGCUCCUGACCGACACCACGUUCCGCGACGCUCACCAGUCCCUGCUGGCCACGCGCGUCCGCACCCGCGACCUCGCCCGCGUCGCGCCCUUCGUGGCCCACGCCCUCAGCCCCCUGUGCAGCAUGGAGACCUGGGGAGGUGCCACCUUUGACGUGGCCAUGCGCUUCCUGCACGAGUGUCCGUGGGAGCGGCUGCGGGAGCUGCGGCGCCUCGUGCCCAACAUCCCCUUCCAGAUGCUUCUGCGCGGGGCCAACGCCGUGGGCUACACGAACUACCCCGACAACGUGGUGUACAGGUGUGGGGGUGUCCCCACAGUGUCCCCUCACUGUCCCACGCUGUCCCCGUCCCCAGGCAUCGACCUGCAGCGCGUGUUCGAGUACAGCGAGUACUGGGAGGCGGCGCGGGGCCUCUACGCCGCCUUCGACUGCACGGCCACCAUGAAAUCGGGCAAUGCUGACGUGUACGAGAACGAGAUCCCGGGCGGGCAGUACACCAACCUGCACUUCCAGGCCCACGCCAUGGGGCUGGGACACAAGUUCAAGGAGGUCAAGAAGGCCUACACGGAGGCCAACAAACUGCUGGGGGACCUCAUCAAGGUGACGCCCACCUCGAAGGUGGUUGGGGACCUGGCGCAGUUCAUGGUGCAGAACAAACUGUCCCGGGAGGAGGUGGAGGCGCGGGCGGACGAGCUCUCCUUCCCCCUGAGCGUGGUGGAAUUCCUGCAGGGACACAUCGGGGUCCCCCCAGGGGGAUUCCCCGAGCCCUUCCGCUCCCGGGUGCUGAAGGAGCUGCCGCGGGUCGAGGGGCGCCCGGGGGCGUCGCUGCCCCCGCUGGAUUUCGAGGCGCUGGGCCGGGAGUUGGGGGCGCGGCACGGGACCCCCCCCAGCCCCGAGGAGCUGCUCUCGGCCGCCCUGUACCCCAAAGUGUUCGACGAGUUCCGCUCCUUCAGCAGCACCUUCGGGCCCGUGGCCUGCCUGGGCACGCGGCUCUUCCUCGAGGGACCCACCAUCGCCGAGGAGUUCGAGGUGGAGCUGGAGCGGGGUAAGACCCUGCACAUCAAGGCGCUGGCGCUCGGGGACCUGAACGCCGCCGGGCAGCGCGAGGUUUUCUUUGAGCUCAACGGGCAGCUGAGAUCCAUCCUGGUCAGGGACACGCAGGCACUCAAGGAGAUGCACGUGCACCCCAAGGCCGAGAAGGGCGCCAAGGGCCAGGUGGGGGCCCCGAUGCCGGGGGAGGUGGUCGAGGUGCGGGUCAAGGAGGGGACAACGGUGGCCAAGGGGGACCCUCUGUGCGUGCUCAGCGCCAUGAAAAUGGAGACCGUGGUGACGGCGCCCGUGGGGGGCAAGGUCACCAAGCUCCACGUGCGCCCCGGGCUCAGCCUCGAGGGCGAGGACCUCAUCGCCGUCAUCGAGUAGAUUUGGGG